UUAUUUUAUAUAUUUACUCUACAUAUAUUUACUACUCUAUAAAAUCUUUAGAUUGUAAAUUUGUAUAGUUUAAAAUAGCAUCUAUAUAUUUGAGGGCAGACGCUGCAUGUCUAAGAGGAUUCCAAGUAAUACCACUACUUAUCUUUCCAAUUCACAUAUCUUGCUUCUUAGUUUCCAUUUCCACCAUCUCUAUCUCUCUUUCUCUCUCAAAAGACAAACAAGAAAAAAAGUGGAAGAUGCAAGAACUUCCAGAUUGCUUGUACGAGGGAAAGCAACCAACCUUAAUCACUCCAUCUUCUCCCACGCCAAAUCACACUCUCUACCUUUCCAACCUCGACGACCAUCAUUUUCUCAGAUUCUCUAUCAAGUACCUCUACCUUUUCCAAAAGUCUCCCUCCUCUCUAGCCCUCAAAGAUUCUCUAUCUAGGGUUCUAGUCGAUUACUACCCGUUCGCUGGUCGGAUCAAGGUCUCCGCUGACAAGACCAAGCUCGAGGUUGACUGUAAUGGGGAGGGGGCAGUUUUCGCAGAAGCGUCCAUGGAUAUAACUCGUCAAGAGUUUCUUGAAAUUUCACGCAAACCAAAAAGCUCUUGGAGGAAGCUCUUGUUUAAGGUUCAAGCUACAGGUUUCUUGGAUAUCCCUCCUCUUAUCAUACAGGUGACGUAUCUCCGUUGCGGAGGUAUGAUCCUCUGCACUGCGAUCAAUCAUUGCCUUUGUGACGGCAUCGGCACAUCCCAGUUCCUACAUGCAUGGGCCCAUGCCAACACCACCAGUGCUCCGCUUCCCAUCCAACCGUUCCACUCUCGACACAUGUUAGAACCACGAGAUCCACCGCAUGUCACACACUCACAUCCCAGUUUCACCCGGACCACCGUAAACAAAACCUCCACCUUCAACAUUUGCAAGUAUUUACAGUCUCAACCACUGGCUCCCACCACUCUAACCUUCACACCAUCCCUUAUCCUACGCUUAAAGAAAAUAUGCGCUCCCUCGCUAGAAUGCACCACGUUCGAGGCACUAGCGGCUCACACAUGGUGCUCUUGGGCUCGAUCUCUCGACUUGCCGUUGACCAUGGAGGUCAAACUUUUGUUCUCUGUCAAUAUGAGGAAAAAGCUGACUCCAGAACUUCCCCAAGGGUAUUAUGGUAACGGAUUCGUGCUAGCUUGCGCCGAGAGCAAAGUACAAGACCUAGUCAAUGGUAAUAUUUACCACGCGGUAAAAUUAAUACAAGACGCGAAAGCGAGAAUCACCGACGAAUAUGUAAGAUCAACAAUAGAUUUACUGGAGGAUAAAACUGUAAAAACAGACCUCACAAGCAGUUUGGUUAUUUCACAAUGGGCGAGAUUGGGAUUAGAGGAGUUGGAUUUUGGAGAAGGGAAGCCAAUGUAUAUGGGCUCUUUGACGAGUGACAUCUACUGUUUAUUUUUACCGGUGGCCGGAAACUAUGAUGCCAUUAGGGUUCAGGUGUCGAUGCCGGAGGAUGUUUUGAGGAGGCUGGAGUAUUACAUGGUUAAGUUUCUUGACGAAAAAGUUUCAAUGAUCUAUCACCUAUAAAGUAGUCGUGGGAGUAAAAGAUAAUUCAGUGGAUUCUAUGACGAAGAAAAAGGCGUGGACGUGUCGAUUUUCAAGUGAUUUAAGUUUUCUACUGUUCAGUGGAGUAGUUACUCUAUAUACAUCUUUGUAGAAGAUGAAACCAUAUUUGUAAAAGAGUUUAAAAUACAAAAAAGAGGUUAAACAAAAAACCAUGUUAGUAAUAUUUCUGUGAGCUAAAAGCUUAAUAGAUGGAAAAUUUGCAACG